GCGGAGAGAGAGGUAAUUUGGGUCAGUAUGAAUCGUGUUUUAGAAAGAGAUAAGAAUCAGAGUUUGCGUGGAGAUACCUGAGCCCGGUGAGCGUGAACUGCGCUGAGAGAGAGAGAGAGAGAGAGAGAGAGAGAGAGAGAGAGAGAGAGAGAGAGAGAGAGAGAGAGAGAGAGAGAGAUCGGCAACGAAGCGACGCUUGGGAGACAAGAGGGAGAAGAGAGGUGGUAGGUGAUGGACUCCACCGGUGUUGCAGUGGACAAAAGGGCAGCGUCAACAGAAAGACCCGAGGAGAUCCAAUCCUCUCCCCCAUACCGGCAGCAGCAAGAUCCUACUCCUCCCAACAUCACCCUAGCAAUGGCGUCCUCAACUUCAUCAUCAACCUCAUCAUCGACUUCAUCAACUGCGUCGAAGGGCGCCAGUCUGCUAUCUUUACCGUCCAAUUGUCUGGCUCAGAUCAUCGGAUCAACAACGCCAGUCGACGCGUGUAGAGCAGCGUCAGUCUGCAAGGAGCUGGCAGAACUCGCUCAAUCUGACUAUCUGAUUUCCUUUUUCUUACCUUCUAAUUACUUGGAGCUAUUAUCGAAAUCUUAUCCUUAUCCUUAUCCUUAUCCAAUCAGAUUAAAUAAAGAAAGCGAUGACGACCAAUCAUCACGUCUGCUGCUGAAUCACGUAGCAGCACCAGCAGAUCGACGGCUGUGUUUCCAAACGUUGUGUAACGGUAUCCUCUUAUCGAACGGUUGGGAAUCAUUUCAUCUUGAGAGGGGGUCUGGCCUUAUCCGUACAAGCUUAUCCGUUUUGGAUAUGAAUGUCGCUAGCGGACAAGACCAAAGAUUCUGGAAGGUGGAAGAAUCUUCUGACUCGCGGUUCGGCCGAGUGAUGUAUUUGAAAGCCAUUCUAUUUUUAGAUAUCGACGGUUCGUGGAAGGUGCAGUUAACCCCGGGGUCAUACUCCGUUCGAUGGCGGCUCAAGGUGCGCAAUCAUCAAGGUGGAAGGUGGGGAUCUUUCAUCGACAUGAAAGUUCCCAUACACUUCGCUGUACGUUCGUCGGAUGGUUCAUCUGUUUCUCGAGAUCUGGAUAUGGAUAGUGCUCCGUUUAAAGGAUUUGAAAAGUGGGCGGAAUUCGAAAUAGGCGUGUUUGACGUGGCGUCUUAUAAAGAAGUUGGAGCUAAUUACAAGCCGAGAGGAAGGAGAAGAACUAAAAAAGAAGCAGAAUCAGAUGGUGAGGCUGGUGAUGAUGAUCUUACGGCGUGGCGUCUUGAUCCCAUGUCGUGUUGUCCUGAUUGCAGGUCGUGUUGUGAUGACAAUGAUUCCACUUGUUGGUGUUAUGAUGAUUCCAUUCGUGGGUUGAGGCACAGGCGUAGUACGGAGUGUGAUGGAGGUGGUAAUGGUGUUGGUAGUGGGGUCGGUGACCCACGUGGGGGUGCACGUGGGAGUUCGCCACGUGGGAGUUCGCCACGUGGGAGUUGGAGCAGCGAGGAGGGAAAGGAAGUAAGAGAGGUGGAGGUGAGUUUCUCCAUCUCCCAGCACGAUCAUUGCUGGAAGGGAGGACUGUUCGUUGAUUGCCUCACGCUGGUGCAACUGAAAGGGUGACCUGCUGAUUGACUAAUGAACUGAUUGGUUGAUU